AUGCCGUUCCUUAACGAGUCUGAGCCAUGCCCCGAGAAACCUGCCUUCGAGCAACUUGUGGAAGACCUCAGCACAGCCUUAGGGCCGAGCUCGGGGCUUGAUUCUAGCGAUGUCGACCCCAUGGAAAUCCAACUUUUGAUGGAGAAAUACGUCUCGAAUCCGGAUGAAUGGGCUUCAUUUGCGUUAGGGGAUGCAAGUAGGACAUACACAAGAAAUCUGAUUGACGAAGGAAAUGGCAAGAGUAAUUUGCUGAUCCUCGUAUGGAGCCCUGGGAAAGGAAGCGCAAUCCAUGACCAUGCCAAAGCACAUUGCGUGAUGAAGAUCCUCAAGGGCAAACUACAAGAAGACCUAUACUCGUGGCCCGACCAAGCGCAGAUUGCGAAUGGCCAAACUUCACCACCUCGGCUCACGAAGCAAACCAUCUUCGGCGAGAACCAAGUGACCUAUAUGUCUGACAAGCUUGGUCUGCAUCGCAUAUCCAACCCGGACCCGGUCAACUUCGCCAUCUCACUCCAUCUUUACACACCACCCAACGCCGCAAUCCACGGAUUUGGCAUUUACGAUGAACGGACUGGCAAAGCCAGGCACAUCAAGCAGACUAAUUUCUAUUCAUUCCGCGGUCAGCGGCUCGAUGAUAGACAGAACUAA